GAAACCGCUGCACGCCGAAGAGAGCAGGCUCGCCGAAUUCCCAAGAGCCAGAGAUAGGAUCACUAAUUAGGAAUUUCCCCUUCAGAAAAGAGAACAACGAGCCGUUUUAAAGUCCCCGUUUCUUUUUCAAAAUGGACGCGCGUGAAGUUUUGCGGAGCUUUUUUUCUUGAAGCGGCGCAUCGUCGCGGAAAAUCCGCAUUUUGGAAAUAAUAGCGGCAAAUCGGGGGCAUCGCGGCGUCCGACGUUUCCAGCUAUGCGCCAGUUACAUCCACCAGUGCUCGGAGCGCGCGACAGAAGCAGAAGUUCUCCUCAGGAACUGGGGCUGGACGGAGGGAAUAACUGUUUGGUUUUAUAACUUCUGUGCGCCCUCUCCUCCUCUUUUCUCUUCCCUGCCUCAGCCUUUGGAGUCCGAAAGCGAGCGGAUAAACGGUUUGUGCGGAUAAAGUAACUUUCGACCGACCGAAGUCGACGGUUUUCAGACUUACGAGAUACAGAAUAACCCAUUCGAACUCCUAGAGAUUGUAAAGUAAAGGAAUGCUGAGCAGAAGAGGCGCAUGGAGAUAUGCUGUUUCUUCUACCAUGGAUCUAAAGGGCACUUUAGCGUUAUUAGUGCUGUUGCUUCUGUGCUUGUGCCCCGUUUUCGGUCAAGAACUCAGUCCAAAGGGUAGGAACGUUUGCAAAGUUCCGGGGUCGCCGGGGUUCAUAUGUUGCAGCGGAUGGGCGCAGCAAGGCGAGGACUGUCUAACGCCUCUCUGCGAAGGUAACUUCACUUGUAAUGAGAAUGAGGUGUGUGUCCGACCAAAUGAAUGCCGCUGUCGUCAUGGAUAUUUUGGGGCAAGUUGUGACACAAAGUGUCCCGCUCAGUACUGGGGUCCGGACUGCAAGGGCAUGUGCACGUGUCACCCUAACGGUAAAUGCGAUGACGUGACCGGGAAGUGCACGUGCUACCCAAACCGCUGGGGUGAGAACUGCGAGAAGCCCUGCAACUGUCAGAAAGGGAAAUGUGACCAGGAGACGGGCAAAUGCACCUGCCACGCCGCUUACUGGGGACCUCAGUGCAACAACAACUGCUACUGCAGCAUCAACUCGGUGUGCGACCAGAACACGGGCCGGUGCAUCUGCAACCCCGGCUGGUUCGGACGGAACUGCGGUGCUCAGUGCGUGUGCAACAACUCGCCUUGUGAGCAGUUUACGGGCCGAUGUCAAUGCAGGGAGAGACUCUGGGGUCAGCGCUGCGAACGUCACUGCCAGUGCGCCAACGGAAAGUGUAAUCCUGUGGAUGGAUCGUGUACCUGUAAACCCGGAUACAGAGGAAAGCUAUGCCGGGAGCCGUGUCCAGCUGGAUUCUACGGACAGAACUGCAAAAACAAGUGUGGCCACUGUAAAGGUCAGCAGCCCUGUAAGGUGACGGAGGGUCACUGUGAGACGUGUGCGAGUGGCUGGAACGGGACAAAAUGUGAUCAGCUUUGUGCAGAGGGUUACUUUGGAGAAAACUGUAAGGAUCAGUGUCCGCCGUGCAAAGAUGGUCAUUUCUGCAACCGCAUCAACGGGAAAUGUUCCCACUGCAAUCCCGGCUGGAUUGGAGAUCGCUGUGAGGUGCGCUGUCCUAACGGCACUUAUGGAGAAAACUGUGAAAAAGACUGCAGCCAUUGUUUUAAUGGAGACUGCCAUUUUGCCACAGGAGAGUGUCUCUGUGACCCUGGCUUCUACGGGACAUACUGCAACCUGACCUGUGAGUUGGGUCAGUUUGGAGUGAACUGUGCCCAGGUCUGUCCGUGUCACGAUAAGAACUGCAACCCAGUGUCAGGGGCCUGCAACCUAUAUCCUAAUCAGCGGAUGGGAGUAAUAGCUGCGGCAACGCUGGUGACGUUUCUGCUGGUGGUUCUUCUGUCUCUGCUGUGCUGCUGCUUCCUCUGUAGCAACAAAGACAACCGCAACCCUGACCAGGAAAACUCCACCAACAGCAAGAAGGCCAAAAUAAUCCUCUGUGGUGGAUUCAGUCGAAUCAGCACCAAACUCCCCAGAAUCCCUCUGAGGAGACAGAAACUACCCAAAGUUGUUGUCACCCACCACGAUCCUGAGAACACCUUCAACAGCAUUAUCGAGCCUCCCUCAGUGGUGGACCAACCUUCUCCAUCAUGGUCAUCCCAGGAGUCCUUCUCUUCCUUCGAGACGAGUGAAGACGGGCCUGUUUACUGCAUACCCCAUGAAGAUACUAUGAAUGAGAGCUCUGACAAGCGAAAUUCUAGCGCUGUUCAAGAAACAACACUGAACGCCAAUGAUGAGGACGCAGGAGAGUACACAUCUCUCAAAGACACAAGAGAAAAUACAAAGCAGUAUGUUAGCGAUGGAAGUGAGCAGCCUCUUCUGAAGUCUUCAGACAGCGAAGGCUCCACCAGUGGUUCUGAGUCAACCAUAGGAGCUGUUUACGCUCAUAUCGCCCGCCUUUCCAAACACUCCAAAGAGGAGGAGGACAACACCUCACCAGAGAAGACAAAAGAAAAGACGAAACCUCGUCCUCCAGACCCUUCCACUAAACCGAAGGUGUCCUGGAUCCACGGAACAUCCGGAACCAACCCAACAGAACAAAGCCAGACUCCAUCACCACAAAAAGAGAAGAGGAAGAACAACUCAGAAGCUUCCGGAAAGGUCGAAGAGAAGCAGCGGUCAAAGGAGAAGUCAAGCAAGAACCGUGAAAAGCAUCAGGACGGUAAGAAAGCAGAUGGACCUGAAUCACCAAGCAAAAGCAAAUCUCACAAAGCUUCAGAAACCAUCGAGCACCUCAAUGGAACAUUUCAGAAUGCCCUGAAGAAGAUCGGAAACUUCCACUCAGACAAGAAAACAAACGAAGCCAACAAAGAUCCACCUAAAAGCCCAAAGAUCAUGCACCCACACAUGAACUCUGAGGCCGCCACGCUGCUUGCAGCUCAGCUGAAGGAAAAGACCCAAAGCCUAAAUCGGAACGAGGGUCUCACAGUGGGAAUCAAACCCAACGGUGUAUCAACACCUCAAGCCAACCGAGAGAAACCCACCCCGCCUCAAAAGACCAAGCGCUCCGCAACUGGGACCAACAAGCCCCUUCUUCCCACCUCCAGCAACCUCCAGAAGAUGGUGGCUCCUAUUUCAGACUCUACACCUGAACCCAAAAGCCCAGAAAAGCUAGGGGUUAAUGGGACCAGAGUUGAAGGAGACGCCACACCAAAGAAAACGCCCAUCAAAAAACCACCGAGGAAGAAAGGAAAGGAGGGAACACUAGAGACGGAAGGCAAAACCACUCCAAAGACGGCCAUUAUGCCACCUCAGACUGUCAAGUAGAUCUUUGAUCACAUUGGUGCGUCCGUUUUUGAGAAUAUAAACAUACUUUUUUUUUUUUAUUCGUUAAACAUUAUAUAGGAAUUGGGUGGAUUUCUUUUGUUUGUUUGUUUUAAACGGACGAGCUGCUUAUAGGAUUUAAUAUUUUGAAGGAUUGUGGUUCUCAUUAACUCUUUAAAAACCAGGAAUCGGGAACAACACAGUGGCUUGUGUACAGUAUUAUAAAGGAAGAGUAAAUGAAUUUAAUGUAAUAAGCUCAUCUUGUAUGCUCUCAGUUUUACAUAUGCAUCACUUCGUGUCCAAAGAGAGAUUUUCCAAUGCUAUCAUAAUUGUGUGAUCAGCAGGUUUUUGUGUCUGAUAGGUUGUAUUUAGCACUGUAUUAAUAGGUGUAAAGAAUGAACCAAAGGUACUUUAAAGGUACAGAAAGAAUGAUCCCAAUAUUAAUUUUCUCUCAGGCUAUAACAGUAUAUUAAAUAUCUUGCAAAUGAUGUCAUGAAGGAAAUUCUGCUUGGGUUCUAAGACGUGUCAUCAUUACUUCACCUCGCAUCAUGCUUUUUAAGCUUAAAAUGAUAUUUCUUGCAAGUCAACGGGGAUAUAUUUUCUUUACGUUGAAGCUUAGCACUAGUUUUUCCUUUGCUCAUAAAGUCCACACAGUUGGUAAUGCAUUUUUUUCUGGCCAGAUAAAGACCCCAUAUAAUGAAAACUUUGUUUGUUUUUUGUUUGUUUUGGCUUUUAGCCUGUCUACGUGGGCGUUCGUGCUGUUUAUAUAUUAUUAUAGAUCUAAAACUUCAGGAAUUAAGUACAGUUAUACAACUUUUCAGCCUCUGGGAUGGAUCUUGUACAUCGUGGCGUAUUCAAAUUCUCAAAAUAAAAUUCAGUCCUUGCUUAACUUCCUGAAAAUAGGAGAAACAUAUAAUUUGCAUUAAAAAUCAGCACUUAAAUUAUUCUUAAACUCUUUUAAUGCCUGCUCACAUGCUACUCUGUACAUGACUGAUUGUGUCUAUAUAGCAUUACUACAGCAUUACCAUAGUGCUCGUUCGCAUUUUAUGAAAAUAACUGCUUUACAUUAUUUAUGCAACCUACAAACUUUUACCAUCGAAUAUUAUUUGUCCUUCCAUAGAAACAACGUAAUGCUUUAAAGAUGCCAGUAUAAAGCAACCUAGCAGCCUUGACUAUAUAGUUGCAGGAAGUUCAAUGCAAUCAACAAAUAUUAUUUUUUCCGUGGCUUAAAUCAACACAAGAAUGGCUCAUGACUGCAUCGAAUGUGUUUAUUUUUUAAGCUCACUAUCAGAAACACCCUAUAGCACUUGCAGAUUCGUUUUUCAGGAUGACAUCCAACAGAACGAAUUCAUAAAAAAAAACUGGAUGGUUAUGCUUUGACAAAGAACCAAGGGUUAAAUGUUCAAUCUGGGUCUGCGCUAUUUUUAAGCGAGUUCACAAAAAAGCUUUUGGAUUGUGGUGUACAGUAACUGCUAUUCCCUUAUAUGGUACCUUAUAUUUUUCUACAUGUUAAGAUAUUUUGUAAUAAUAUUUUUACCCUCAUUUGUAAGCUGUGCUUAUACAACUUAUAUCUUUGCUUUUUUUUUAUUUUAUGUGUGUCAAAUGAACUGGUUUUCAAUUUUGAUAACAUUUUUUAUGUGCAAGCAUCAGGUACACUUGGACCCAAUGUUUAAAUGUCUUUCUGUUUGCUCUCCAAAUAUCUUUUUCACAUUUCUCUGUGGAUGUUAUUGUUUUUUAAUGAACGAUAAACUGCAUGAUGCAGAGUUCAGUGAGAGAUCGCUGAGAGAUAUCUAUGCAUGUUACCCCAUGUUCUGUUUUUGCUGUUCUGUUACUUGGGACCUAUGACAAAAAACGACUUUUCAUGUUUUUGCACGAAUCCAGAACAUUACCAUCUGCGGUAUAUGACUUUAUGGGAGUAUGAAUAACAGAUUUUUUUCUACUCUGACUUUGGGGUGAGCUUUGACUAGAGCUCAGUGCUACAAUAUGAAGCAUUAUCAGUAACGCGCAUUAUCUUCAUUCAUUUUGUCCUGAUUUUUGCCUUUUUAUGUUGUUGAUGUGUGGUUGUUCAGUUACCGUAUUUGAAAUAAAAGCAAACCUGUAGCUCAUGAAUCUAAA